UGUCUGAGACAGAAACUUGUGGGGCUUCACAAUGGGAAAGGCUAAGAAGAAGUACCAGAAGGACACUAAAGACCCCUCAACUUCACAUACAACCCUAAAAAGGAAGGGCAAGAUUUCACUAAAGCUUAGAACUCGGGUUUAUGGCAAGACAUAUAGUGAAUUCACUUCUAUAAAUGAUAAAAAUGAUCUAUAUAUCCUAGAAAGGGUAAAAUGGACCCUGAAAAGGAGCUCCACUUUGAAGAUCUCGAAAGAAACCACCAUUCCUUCUGGGAAAAUUAAGGAAGAUGGAAAAGCAAUACCAUGCAUUAAAGAAAAAAAGAAACCGAAAAAGAGGAAAAAACACCACCAUAAACGAAAGAAAAAGCUGAAGAAGAAGUUGAAGAAGCUGUGGGCACAAUAUACACAGCUGCAAAAUAAAAUGAAUGUACUGUGGAACCAACACUAUCAGCUGCAUGGUCCAAGGAAGAUAAAAUUUGGCCAUGCCCACAAGAUUGCACAUAAGGGGAAGACACCACAAGAUGAAGACAAGCAACUGCAGAAGCAGAUCAUUGUAAUUUGUCGUAAAAAGAAUCAGCUGAAACACAAAUAUGUGAAGCAAGAUGUGAGCACAGACUUCAAUCAAGAAAAGAAACAUCUUAAAGAGGAGAUGAUUCCUCCCUUUGGUCAAGACAUGCAUUUGAAGCCAGAGGGUACCAAACAAUUUGAUUCAGACAUGAAAUUAAAAGAGGAUAUGAUCAUGCCAUUCCAUCAAAAUAAAUGUGAUCAGCAGCAGCAGCUACAGAAUCAGAAUUUCACUCUAUGUUAUCAAAACAAGCUUGUGAAAGAAGAGAUGAUCACCGUCUGUUACCAAAACAAACAGCUGCAGAACAAGAUGGUCACAUUUUGUUAUCAAGAUAAAAAGAUCAAAGAAAAGAUGAUUACACUUUCCUACCAAGAAAAAGAGCUGCAGGACCAGAUGGUCACACACUGCAAUCAGGACAAGCAGCUGCAGGACCAGAUGGUCACACUCCUCUAUCAAGACAAAAGGUUGAAGCAAGAGAGGGUCACCUUCUGCUAUCACAACAAUCAGGGGAGCCAGGGGAGUUUCACCCUCUGUGAUCAACAAAAAGAGCUGCUGGACCAGAUGAACACACACUGUGACUACAACAACCAGUGGCAGGAGGAGAUGCGCACUGAGUCAGCUCAGGAACACCAAGCCAUAACUGCCUCUGACAUCCCCACUAUUGACUUCAAUAGCCAGUAGCCAGAUGUCAGACAUGCGUGUCUAGUAGUAUAGUUGUUCAGAAAUAUCCAGUUAUUACACACAAUGCUAUCCAAUGAGAUUUGCAAGAAUA